AUGAUACUGCGUGACUAUCCGACGGACCCCAUCAAAACCCUCAUUGACUCCGGCGCCACCUCCAAUUUUAUAUCCCCCACUCUAGUAGAAAAAUUGAAAAUCCCAAAAACCCUACUCAAAAAUCCACGGGUAGUGAGGAUGUUAGAUGGUACCAUAUCUCAGACUGGUUGCAUAUGGCACCAGGUCCAACUCGCGGUCUUGGCCAAUGGCCAUCUCCACCACAUUCCCUUCCUGGUUUGCCCCAUAGGCAACACCCUGGCUAUCCUCGGCAUGACAUGGCUCACUCAGGAGUCACCCUUGAUUGAUUGGUCCCUAGGGACGGUUACCUUCCCCGAACAAAUUCAGAUUGCAUCCAAAGAAGAGGCAGACCCUGAUCCCUUAGCCAAUCUUCCGGAACAGUACCAUGAGUUUGCCAAGGUCUUUGGCGAAGAAGAAUUUAAGGUCCUCCCUCCACACAGGGAGUAUGACAUAUCUAUAGACCUUGUUCCGGAUGCCAAAUUAUCCCCAGGUCCCCUUUAUGGCAUGACUGACGCGGAGUCUAAGGCCCUCAAACAACAUAUUGACGAAGAACUAGCAACGGGCAAGAUCCGCCCCAGUACUUCCUCCACGGGCGCCCCAGUCAUGUUUGUAAAGAAGGCAGACGGAUCCCUUAGAUUGGUUGUGGACUACCAAAAACUCAAUGACGUCACUCACAAGAACGUGUACCCACUCCCAAGACAGGACGACCUGAUGGCAAAGCUAAGACAUGCCAAAAUAUUCACAAAGCUUGACCUGCGCUGGGGUUACAACAACGUCAGAAUUAAAGAAGGGGAUGAAUGGAAGACGGCAUUCAGGACUAAAUACGGGCUGUUUGAAUAUCUAGUGAUGCCUUUUGGCCUUACCAACGCCCCAGCCGCCUUCCAACACUUCAUGAACGACCUGUUCAGAGACCUCAUCAAUGUCACGGUGGUUAUCUAUUUGGACGACAUACUGAUCUUCUCCAAGAAGCCUGAGGACCACCCUUCCCAUGUCAGGGAAGUCCUUUCACGGUUGAUGAAGAACCAGUUGUUCUGUAAACUCUCCAAAUGCCACUUCCAUGUCACAACGGUGGACUACCUUGGUAUUGUCAUUUCCCCAGCUGGAUUCUCAAUGGACCAAAAGAAGAUUGAGGCCAUUACCUCCUGGCCCACGCCCAAAACGGUCAAACAGGUCCAAGCCUUCCUAGGUUUUGUUAAUUACCUCAGGCGUUUCAUCCCCAACUUCAGCUCUGUUGCACGCCCCUUACACAACCUCACCAAAAAGGAUUCCCCGUGGUCAUGGGACGUAUUAGAAGAACAGGCUUUCCAGGAACUCAAAGCAUUGGUCACCAAGGCACCAGUUCUGAUCCACUCGAACCCCAAUUUGCCCUACUACCUGGAAACAGAUGCGUCAGGAAUAGCCAUGGGAGCAAUCCUUAGUCAAAGAGGGGAGGAUAACCGCUUACACCCAGUGGCUUACAUGUCCAAAUCUUUCUCCGGCGCCGAAGCUAAUUAUGACACCCAUGACAAGGAACUCCUAGCCAUAAUCAAGGCAUUAGAGGAAUGGCGGAUCUUCCUUGAGGCGACGGACAGGCCAAUCCAGGUGUUCACAGACCAUAGAAACCUGGAAUAUUGGAUGCAGGCACGGACGUUCAACAGAAGGCACGCACGUUGGCGGAUUUUCCUGAGCAAUUUCAACUUUGAAAUACACUAUUGCCCAGGGAAACAAUCAGGAAAACCCAACGCCCUCUCCAGAAGGUCAGACUACAUAGACUCCCCAGUAGAACCAGAAGUCAUGCUACCAUCAGAGGUUUUUGCCAAUACAUCAGAGGCAGAACUUGAGAUCGUCACGGAAAUCCGGAACAGGUUAAGGGAAGACCCUUCCCUGGAACCCAUCAUCCAGUUCCUAACAGAGGACGCAGAUAACGCACCCCCCUCUAUUUGGAAAGCCUAUCGGGAUUAUGACUGGGAAGAGGACCUCCUAUGGUAUUGUGGGAAACUAGUGGUACCGGACUCAGAACCCCUUAAAGAACAACUGCUAAGAGAAUUUCACAAUUCCCCACUAGCGGGCCACCCAGGACAACAAAGGACACUCAAACUGAUCAGUAGGUCCUACUGGUGGCCUGGCAUGAAGUCCUCAGCAAAAGAAUGGGUUGAGUGCUGUCCAAUAUGCCAAGCAAAUCGAAGAGCCCACGCGCCGGCAAUUGCCCUGAAACCCCUCAAAGUCCCACCAUUUCCCUUCCACACCAUCUCGUAUGACUUCAUCACAGGAUUCCCAAAGUCAAAUGGGUACGACGCAAUCUUGGUGGUCAUUGACUCCUUUUCCAAAUUUGGACACUUUAUCCCUACCACGAAGAAAGUCACAGCUAAGGGUCUGGCAGACCUGUUCAUCACGCAUGUCUGGAAGCUUCAUGGAUUGCCAAUCAAAACAGUCUUGGACCGCAGAACCACCUUCACUGGGAAAUUCCUGAGAGCUCUCUACCAACGCCUUGGGAUCAAACCCGCUUUCUCCUCGGCCUACCAUCCAGAAUCAGAUGGACAGACAGAAAGGGUGAAUCAAUUCAUUGAGUUCUACCUCAGAUCUUAUGUCACAGCGGACCACUCGGACUGGGCUACAUGGCUACCAUUAGCGGAAUACGCCUACAACAACGCUAGACACUCCGCCACUGGAAAAACCCCCUUUGAGUUAGUCUACGGGAGAAACCCUGUGAUGAGCCCAUCCAAUGUGCCAACAAACAUACCAGAAGCUGACCACGUGGCUGAUACCCUGGCCCAGGAAUGGAAAGAGGCAGAAUCCGCUCUACGAAUGACAAAAGAAAAAAUGGCAGGAUUAAAAGGAACCACACCGGAGUACUCCAUUGGCGAAAAAGUCUGGCUGGACGGAAAGAAUGUGGAACUACAAACCAACUCCAAUAAACUAGACCCAAGGAGGUUAGGACCAUUUGAAAUCCUAGAAAAGAUCUCCAGCCACGCUUAUCGUCUAAAAUUACCGGAGACCCUGAAGAUCCACAACGUAUUCUACGUGGGGCUAUUGUCCAAAGUCCACGAAAACCCAAGCCAGCCAUUCCCAGAACAACCUCCCCCUGAAACAAUAGAGGGAGAAGAGGAAUACAAGGUAGAACAAAUCAUUGACUCCAAAAGACAACGGGGUAAAUGGUUUUACUUAAUCAAAUGGAAAGGAUAUGGACCCAAAGAUAACUCAUGGGAACCAGAGGAGCUACUCAAGCAUAGUCAGGAGAUCCAACGCUUCAACAAGUCGCGACUGAAAAAGGCUUGUGACUCCGCCAAGAGCCUUUAA